GUUGGGCAACGUUGCAGCCAAUGACAGAGUGAGUCAGACAGCAGGAAAUCAGCGGAACAUUUUGUUUGCAGCUCACAUAUUUUUUCCACAUAGCAAACAUCACAGGCGUCAUCACAGACAGAUAGACAGCAAAGGUUACACACAAGUGACAGGACGGUAAACUACGUCUUGUUCGUUUCUGCGUUUUCUUUAAAUGGAGAAGAGUCACAUACGGAGGACAAACUCAGAAAGUCGCAGGUAAAGCGAAGAAUGUGAAAAAGGCGAAGAUGUGCUCCACGGAAAACAACGCGGAGCUACAACAUACAUCGUCCGACCCGGCUCUCAUCCUGGAGCUGAAGACCAGGAGACCUCCGUCCCUAGAGGGCCGCGCGGGAUGUGAGACGUGGAGCGUGGACUUCUCCCCGGACGGAGCCUGGUUCGCCUGGUCGAUGGGACACGGGAUCGUCUGGGUGGUCGCCUGGCCUCUCGACUCAGAAGAUAAUCAGAACGGAGACACCGACCGAGGAGACAAGAGCUUCAGUUGUGGUCACCCAGUGUGGGGUCUCGCGUUCGGACCCAGACCUCCAAAAUCAGCCGCACCCUCAACCCACCGAGUUAAAACACCAUCCAAAUGGAACAAGAGUCUGCUUCUGGCCACAGGCUUGGAGAACGGGGUGAUCAAAAUCUGGAACGUGUUAACAGGUGAGGCUGUGUUUGAUCUCCACGGCCACGAAGGCGUAGUGAGGGACCUGGUCUUCCCUCAGAACGGGACGCUCACACUCAUAUCAUCUUCUCGGGAUAAGACCUUGAGGAUUUGGGACCUGACUCAGAAAGGUAAAAAGGUGCAGGUGCUUUCGGGCCAUAAAGACUGGAUCAGCUGCUGCAGCGUGUCGUCGGACUGCAGCAUGAUUGCAUCUGUCGGCAGGUUUGACAGAAUGGUGUGUCUGUGGAGUCUGCGCUCCUACAUAUUCAUCAGGAACCUUACAGGAGGGACCCAUAAGACCUUGUACCUUUUGUCUUCCUGCGACUUCUCUCCCGACGGGGCGUUGCUCGCCACCGCUGCCUUCAGCGGCUCGAGCUGGUGGAUCGACCUCUGGGACCCUUACACUGCGGAGAAACUGGCCACUCUGGUAGACUACUUUGAAGAUUACGGGCAAAACCAAAUCUCAGCGCUACAGUUCUCUCCCAACGGCUUGCAUUUGGCAGUCGUGACCGACGACAGAGCUCUUCGGAUCUGGGAGCCGGGAAAGAAAGGGAUGGUGAUGCAGACGAAGGCGGACAGAGACUCUAACGGACUCUGCUGCAACUACCAUCCACAAGGCGGAGUGGUCGCCACCGGAACAAGAGACGGCCAUGUGAGGUUCUGGAAGGUUCCCAGGACGGUACCCAGCCUGUGCCACCUGUGCCGAUCCAUCCUGCGCCACUCGGUCUCCACGCACCAGAUGGAGCCUCUGCCUCUUCCCAAGAGGAUCCUGGAGUACCUCACUUACCGCAACAUCCCCGACCGCCUCAAGACCUGCUGCUCCUCCUCGGACGAUGAGGAGUGGCAAAGUUAAAUAGGAACAUUUAAUACGACGCGACCACUGACAUUUACAGCGAGUGAUUGUUAUACACCGUCUCAUAAUUAAAAA